UAUACCAACGUACUCAUUCGCUCGUCACCCGACUCGCGCUGCGUGCUCGCUCUUAAUUCUAACACUAUGUACCGGAGGCUUCGAUUCACAAGGAGCAUGUCUCGCUUCUAUUUCAGACACGAUGUAAGAAGCAGACAGUCCCAGUUCAAGCCUCAAAGAUCCAUCCGCUCGCAACCAGUGGGAAGAAUGAGACAAUCAUCACUGAGCUGAAGGAUGCCCUUGUUGACCUCCUGGCGCAAAUUGGCCAGCAGCGUGAUGAUCACCUGCUCGAUCGUAUCCUGCUCUUAGCUGGAGAUGGUCUUACGUUUGAGAAGAUUCUUCUUCUCAAACAGUUGCUGCAGUUCCAUGAUAACGACUUCGACACACUAUCAUUCAUUCAGGCAGUACUUGCAAUGUGGCACACAGGGUGGACUGAUCUGAAUCAGCUCAUCGAGUCGCACUGGGGAAAGCUAUCCUCACGCGAUCCAUCAACACUUGCUCACAAUGCGGCAAGAAUCAAACGUCCAACUCCUUCGAACCUGAAGAAGGUUGACUACAAUUCCGGUAUUGACCUUGUCUACCUUAUUCUUGAUGCUCGCAUGCUGGAUUGUUGGCAGUAUGAUGCUAUGAACUAUCCUUAUGUUAUGUCUCUAAUUGUACUAUCUUCUAGGUUAUACUUCAGUCAACAAGAUAUAUUUGAGUAUUUCAAGAAACUCUCCGAUGAGAAGAAAGUUCCCGCAUUUGAAGAUCUGGAGGUGGCUGCGAGGAAAUUACACCGAGCAUAUUCAAGUGUUCGUGGAGUUGAAUAUGCCACAGCUUCUGUCGAAGGUACUCAGGGUCAUCAGGCUGCAUGGCAUCGAACAGUUCCCCUUGGAUCUCCUUGGACACCACCCACUGCAUUCGACAAAAGUACGUGUUCCAACUCGGACAAUACUCAGCAGAGAACUCGGAGCAAUUCACUGCAACCAAGACCGCUUAAACGAAGGCGAACAGAAGAUGAAGAGACUGAAACAGAUGAUUCGCCGUUCACAGGUGAUCGCUGUCUUAUGCAGUCAAUUGUCUUCAUGAGAGAUGCCCUUGUCUCGCGCGAGUUCACAUAUGCAUUAGCAGAGGGUGACAUUGGUCGAGUGUACGAAGCACUAAAGAUCAUGCUCUUCACAUUUGCGGGAUCAAGCCACUCAAAAUAUACGACAUACCUCCUAGAGUUCAUCAUUGAUCUGGAGUAUGAAUCUACUCCAGAGCUUCGAGCUGCUGUACUCAACAGUCUGGUGGUCAACUUAUCUGGAAAGGGAGGACAUUUCUGUGCUGCGGAUUGGCUUCAGGAACGUAAUAACAGAAUCAUCCAGAUGAUUGCAGAACGAAAGGGGGUUCAAUACAAUGCAAGAUACCUUCGCAAUGUCGUAUCUCGCAAUGUCCACCACCUUUCACGUCUCCUGGAUGAUAUUCGCAGCGGUGUUGACCUAAAGGAUCACUCUGCUAAGCACUGCAAGCCGCACGAAAAUGCCGAGCUCACAAUCCUCUUGCAAAUCUUUCGUAGUGAGGAGAUCCACUCACGAUGCCCUGGUCGGGCAUACGACAAAAUCACGGAUGCCCGAGAUGUGGAUAACUAUCGCAGUGGCCUUGACAAUCUACGUAAUGGUCGGCUACAGAGGUUCAUCACUGAAACCUUACAUUUUCGACAUUCCGAUACCACAAGCUCCGAUGGAACUGCAUUGCUCGCUGACCUAAGUGAAGCUCUUAUGGAGGAAGACUCGGAGGCUUCCAGUUUGCCGGAUCCUUAUAGCAUGUGUUCUGUUCACUUGGAAGAUGGAACACUCGUCGUUACGAAUGACGCAUUAACAGACAGAGAGAUAACAAUGAUGAUUGGUGAACUAGAAGGUAUGCAAGCACAGGACGAUGACAAUGGUGAUGCCGAAGAUGAAGAUGAAGAGAACGAGGAUAGUGAUGGAUAUAGUGACAGCGCCGAUGAAGAUGCCUUGGAAGAGGUGGAAGUGGACCCACAAUCGAUGGACCUCUCUGACAAUGAAGGAGACGGGGCUUGACUUAUUUGUGUUUCCGCCUUGUUCUUACAGGAAUACGGAUCGUCACCGCACUCACUUGAGCGGCAGGUUGUAGGGGUACGGUCCGUGCAGGUAUGACAAUUGUUCCUGGGCUUCGACCAAGUGUAUUAUUUUUUUUUCGUUGCUUGCGUGCUUCUUCAGUUUUGCAUGCCAGAGUAGCUUUCCAUUUUGUAGCGGCAGCGACCUUCGCAUCUCUUCGCAUCUUGUUAAAAUCGACAUCGAGCUCCUGUAUUACUCCGUAUAGCUUUCCAAAAUGACCUUCGAGUGGCGGAUAGUGUG